CCCUCGGCGCCGCGUCACGAGCCCAGCAUGCUGAGCGCGAGCCCGGGUGGGGCGUGUUUGCCAACAUGGACGGAACCGGAGCCGCUCUGGGGCAAGACUCGGUGAAGGAGCUGCUUUUGGAUGAUUGCUAUGCAGACUUUAUGAAAGAAGAAUUUGAUGUCAAGACGUACACAGCUCAAUCAAUUCAUCAAGCAGUGAUUGUUGAACAGUUGGCAAAACUUGCUCAAGGAAUCAGUCAACUGGAUAAAGAGCUCCAUGUGCAGGUUGUUGCAAGACAUGAAAACUUGCUGGCUCAGGCCACUGGCAUAGAGUCACUGGAAGGAGUUCUUCAGAUGAUGCAAACUCGGAUUUCUGCUCUUCAGUGCACUGUUGACAGGAUCAGAGGAAAAAUUGUUGAUCCUUACAACAAGAUUGUUGCUCGGACUGCACAGUUGACCAGGUUGCAGGCAGCUUGUGAUUUGCUUCGAAGAAUAAUCCGUAUUUUGUACUUGAGUAAACGACUGCAAGGCCAACUGCAGGGAGGCAGCAGGGAGAUUACUAAAGCUGCACAAAGUCUCAAUGAAUUGGAUUAUCUUUCACAAGGAGUUGAUCUCUCUGGGAUUGAUGUUAUAGAAAAUGAUCUUCUUUUUAUUGCAAGAGCCCGACUUGAGGUUGAGAAUCAAGCCAAGCGGUUACUUGAACAAGGAAUGGAGACACAGAAUCCUACACAGGUAGGAACCGCACUUCAAGUUUUCUACAACCUUGGAACAUUGAAAGAGACCAUUAGUAAUGUAGUAGAUGGGUAUCGGCUGUCUCUUGAAGAUAAUAUUGGCAAUGCUUUGGAUAUAAGAGUGUUAACUCAGCCAAUUCAAGCCACCAUGAGAGGACCUGGACGAGCCACAAUGCCUCCUCCAGGCAAUACACCAGCUUUCCGUGCAGCCCUUUGGACAAAUAUGGAGAAACUAAUGGAUCAAAUUUGUGCUGCAUGUGGACAAGUGCAGCACCUACAGAAAGUUCUGAUAAAGAAAAGGGAUCCUGUGACACAUAUCUGCUUUAUUGAUGAAAUAACUAAGGAUAGUCACACAGACAUCUUGUAUGCUUUCUGGAACUCUGUUACUGAAAUGCUGACACUGAAAUUCCAGCAAGCUACAAAUGCAUCUACAUUUCUGAAGCAAGCAUUUGAAGGAGAAUACCCAAAGUUGUUGCGGUUAUAUAAUGACUUGUGGAAACGUUUGCAGCAGUACAACCACAGUAUACAAAGUAGUGUAACUACAGGAGGCUUUUCUGACUUGCCUCCUGAAUUCCCACUGGAGGAUGAAGAUGCACAAGAUAUAUUUAUGUUGAAGAAGCAGGAUUAUGAUCCUGAAAAGUCCUUGAAAGAUUCUCUACAAUUCUAUGAAUCUGCCUACCUCUCGAAGUCAUUAUCACGUCUGUUUGAUCCAAUCAACCUUGUCUUUCCUCCUGGGGGACGUAAUCCUCCUUCAGAUGAUGAACUUGAUGGCAUCAUUAAAACAAUUACAAGUGAAUUUAAUGUGGCUUCUGUUGAUGCAAAUCUGAGCCUGGCUGUUGCAAAGAAUGUUGCUAAAACCAUUCAUUUAUUUGGCGUGAAAUCAGAACAGCUACUGUCUACUCAGGGAGAUGCAAGUCAAGUGAUUGGGCCUCUAACAGAAGGACAGAGAAGGAAUGUAGCAGUGGUGAAUUCAUUAUACAAAUUGCAUCAGUCAGUGCUGAAGAUGCUGUCUACCCUGAGCUCUUUCCCUUCAGCUGUUGAACAAACAGUUAGAACAGCACUGGAGACAAUUCAAACUCUCAUGGGAUGUGCAAUACAGCCACUGCUAAAUUCUGUGGAAGAUUCAGUUGAAGCCAUUAUCAUCACAAUGCACCAAGAAGAUUUUGCAGGGUCCUUGUCUGGGAAGCCAGAGGUGCCAUGCUCUCUUUACAUGAAAGAAUUGCAAGGUUUCAUAUCACGAGUCAUGAGUGACUACUUUAAAAAUUUUGAAUGUGUGGAUUUCAUAUAUGACAGUACAGAAAAUAUUGCACAGAGGAGUAUUCAACUAUUUAUUCGUAAUGCAAGUUUACUGAGACCUCUUGGUGAGGGAGGUAAAAUGAGACUGGCUGCCGACUUUGCACAGAUGGAAUUAGCUGUGGCACCACUUUGCAGAAGAGUAUCUGAUCUAGGAAAAUCAUACCGAUUAUUAAGGUCAUUCAGACCGUUACUUUUCCAAACAAGUGAACAUAUUGCUAAUAGCCCAGCGGCAGGGGAUAUAAUACCAUACAGCACUAUUCUUCAUUUCCUCUUUACCAGAGCACCUACAGAUCUAAAGUCACCUCACCAGAGGGCAGAGUGGUCUGUAGCAAGGUAUUCUCAGUGGCUUGAUGACCAUCCAUCAGAAAAGGAUCGAUUAAUUCUCAUCAGAGGUGCUCUUGAGGCUUAUGUUCAAUCGGUACGAGCAAGAGAAGGGAAAGAAUUUGCUUCCGUUUAUCCAAUAAUGCUGCAAUUGCUCCAAAAAGCCAUGGCUUCAGUACAGUAAAUGUUUUUUUUCCUGAACCCAAGCAGGAUUUGCAGUCUGUUUAGAUAAUUCAUAAGUGUGACAUAUUAAUUGUUAUGAGGGGUGAUUGAUAACCUUGUGGCCUAAGGUAGAAGGAGUCAAUUUUAGAAAACCUAGCACAUUUAUUUUUCAGCAUACUCCCCUCCUGCAUUUACACACACAGUCCAGUGGUCUUGGAGCAUACAGAUCCUUCUUUGUAGAAGUCGGCGUCUUGGACCUCCAGAAGUAGUCCACAGCAGGUGUGAUUGAUAAGUUUUGUGGUCUAAGAUAGAAGUUCUGUAUAACUCAUCUCCUUCUACCUAGGCCACAAACUUAUCAAUCACCCCUCGUAGUUAUUAAAUUCCUAGUGUUAUAACUUUUUAAAUUUUAUUGGAAAAUUAUAUUUUACUUUUGAGAGCAGGAUAAUCUACUUUGGUAAAUUAGUUAAUGAGGUGACUUGGUUAAGGGAAAAAGAGGCUACUAUUUGAAUGAUGCAUAAGGUAUCCUUACAUCAAUUUAAGAAUUGAUGUUUAAACUUAAGAUUACCAUGAACUGACUGUGGAGGAUCCAAUUAUUAAACAAUAGUUUAUUGAACUUGGUAGAAAAGUGUCUCUAGGGCAUUGCUUCUAACAUACUGCCAUGAACCAAAAAUCAUAUGUAAAGUAAGCAUUUUAUUUAAUACACAAGUAGAUAUAAUGAAAACUAAUAACCAAAACUGUAAUUUAAAGCAGUGCUAAUUACAAUGCUGGGAUCAAAAGCAAAAUGUAUUUUGUGAGAUAAGCAUAACUUACAAAAUUGUUUAGAUUUAUUAAAGAUGUCAACUCUG